AUGAAUAUUUUGAUCUUUUUAAGUGUUCGUAGUUAUCGUAAAACACCUUCGACAUUUUAUUUUCUAAUUAUCUCAAUAACAAAUAUAAUUUAUAUUUUAAUUAAUCUUAUCUCUCGAAUUGUUAGUACAGGUUUUCUAAUUGAUUUAACUCGUUCAUCGGUAAUUUGGUGUAAAGCACGAUUAUCUCUUAUUGGUGUUUUUGGUUUAAUUUCUUUUACUUGUUCAUCUUUAGCAACAAUUGAUCAAUUUUUUGCUACAUCACCAAAUGUGCAUCUUCGUCGUUGUAGUAAUAUUAAAUGGACAUAUCGUAUUAUACUUCUUACAAUUCUUCUAUGUAUAUUACAUGCAAUUCCUUGUUUUAUAUAUCUUGAUAUAUCACCGAUUACUAAAACUUGUCUAGUUACUAAUAAUGCCUAUAAUUUUUAUCUAUCUUUAUAUAGUCUUAGUUUAAUUAGUACUUUUCCAGUUAUAAUAAUGAGUAUAUUUGGAUAUCUAACUUAUCGUCAUAUAAAUUUAAGGAGAAUUCUUAUUCGACAAUCAGCUGAUCGACAAAUAACACGAAUGACAUUGAUUCAAGUAAUACUUGUUAUUACGACAAUAACUCCAUAUGGUAUUCAAAUCACGUAUAAUUUAAUUACAACUGGAAUCUAUAAAGAUACAGAUCGAAUGAUCAAAGAAUCAUUUUCAUUGACGAUUGUCUCACUGUUGACUUAUGUUUACUUUGUCGGAAGUUGUUAUACAUUUCUGAUUACAUCAAGUCGUUUUCGUCGAGCAGUAAAAGAUCAUAUAUGUUUUUGGCGUAGAAGAGCUCAAGUCGCUGCAUUGAUCUAUCCGAUACAGGAAAGAAUUGUAUUUCGAAACCAAGUACAUUAA